AGCUUUGGAUUAUAAUACGCAUUUUUAUACGAAUCCUCUCGGUUUAACGGAUGAUAAAACAAAGAUGGAUAUAUCGAGGGCGCUUUGGAUUUUAAUUCCACAGGUUAUUUUGAAAUAAAUAUUUAAUGGCUCGGAAAUGGAGAUAGCUUUGGUGAGUUUUGACAAGAAAGGGGAUGGAGGCAGUGAUGGAGAAAACUACCAAAACCAAAACUCACUGGAUUAUCCGCGGUCCAUGGUCCAAACGGAACUCAACAACGACAUGUACGCGCGACAGAGCUUGUGGAAAAUUAACGACAUGAACAACACGACGGGCUCCAGUGAGAAUACAGUGGAUUAUUAUAGCCCCCAUCUGUUUGACGAGGACCUCCUCAACGUGGACAUUGACCAUGAGAGCAACGAACGGGUUCUCAUCAACAUCGCCGGGCUGAGGUUCGAGACCCAGUUGGGCACCCUCAACCAGUUUCCCGACACUUUACUCGGAGAUCCCGAGAAGAGGAUCAAGUAUUUCGACCCCCUCAGGAACGAGUAUUUCUUUGAUCGCAACCGACCCAGUUUUGACGGGAUACUUUAUUUCUAUCAGUCCGGAGGAAAGAUCCGUCGACCCGUUAACGUGUCGAUCGACGUGUUCGCGGACGAGAUCCGAUUUUAUCAGCUUGGAGAAGAAGCGAUGGAUCGUUUCCGCGAGGACGAGGGUUAUAUCAAAGAGGAGGACAAACCUUUGCCUCAAAACGAGUUUCAGAAACAAGUCUGGCUGAUUUUCGAGUACCCCGAAAGCUCGAGUCCCGCUCGGGGUAUCGCCAUCGUGUCCGUGAUCGUCAUCACCAUAUCCAUCAUCACCUUCUGUCUGGAAACUUUGCCGGAGUUUCGCGACGAGCGCGAGUUGGCGGUGUCGAGUCGCGCGAUCAAUGGCACGCAGGAGCGCCCGUCGCUCACUUUCAGCGACCCGUUCUUCAUCAUCGAGACCACCUGCGUGAUCUGGUUCACCUUUGAACUUUUCGUGCGGUUCUUCGCGUGCCCCAGCAAAUCCGAGUUUUCCAAGACCGUCAUGAACAUCAUCGACAUCAUGUCCAUCAUGCCCUACUUCAUCACGCUGGGCACGGAGCUGGUGGAGCAGCAGGGUCAAGAGCACAACAACGGGCAGCAAGCCAUGUCUUUGGCCAUCCUGAGGGUCAUUCGCUUGGUGCGGGUGUUCCGCAUCUUUAAGCUCUCCAGACACUCCAAGGGUCUCCAGAUCCUGGGUCAGACUCUGAAGGCUAGCAUGCGAGAGCUCGGUCUCUUGAUCUUCUUUCUCUUCAUCGGAGUCAUCUUGUUUUCGAGCGCCGUCUACUUCGCCGAGGCCGACGAACCCGAGUCUCACUUCUCCAGCAUCCCCGAUGCCUUCUGGUGGGCGGUGGUCACCAUGACGACCGUCGGCUACGGAGACAUGCGGCCGAUUACCGUGGGGGGCAAAAUCGUGGGCUCUCUUUGCGCCAUCGCCGGGGUUUUGACCAUCGCGCUACCGGUGCCCGUUAUCGUUUCCAACUUUAACUAUUUCUAUCACAGGGAAACUGACCAGGAUCAGGCGUCUCUCAGGGACGAGCCUAGCGGCGCUCCCGCGGACAACGAACUUCAGGGGCUGAGGAAAUCAUCUAUGAGCUCAAAAGAUGGAGUACGCAACGAGGGCGCAAACACACCCAUGGAGAAGGCGAACAUCAAAGCCAACAGCAGAAUGGAUAUUAAACGCUCCAUUUACUCGUUUUGCUUGGAUACCAGAGAAACAGACCUGUAGUUUACUGUCAGUGAAGUUCAAAGACUUUAAUACGCAUGCGCAACCAGAAGAUCCUCGCGCUGCUACAAUCCUAGAAAGUUGCGGUUAUUUUUCUAAAGCACAUUUUAAUCCCUUGAUCCCUUAAGCAUCAGCUGCUUUUACAAACCAUACCAUUUCAGGUUUUAGUCUACUAUUCAAAAUUGGAAACAUUAUUCAUAAUAAUAUUUUUUUUUUAAAUUACAAAUAUGAAAAGUAGUCUAAUUAUUUGCGUUAAACUUUUUGUAGUAAGCGCAGAAAAGCCAAACUGAUGUUUUCUGCUUGGAGCAGUACUAGUUCAAAACCAUGUUCGUGUUUCCAUUAUCUAAUUUUUUGGUGUUAAAUAUUUAGGAUCUCAUUCAGUAACACUUGAUGUUGGUCUAGAUCACCGUUUAUGUGAGUUGUCAGUGACUGUCAGUAUGCUACACUUCAUUCAUUACAAUUCUUAUUCACUUCAUUGAUUGAUGAAUCUAAUUGGUGCAUGAAAAGUAGGACAAUUUAAGAGGACUUCAAGAGGAUCUCAAAGGCCGUGCUGAAGGGUGUGGAAGAUUGGAUUGGCUGGAGAUACCACAACAAAUGACCAAACCAGAGCAGACUUCAUCCACUCGGUCUCAGCAGUGAAAACUGGGGCAGACCGAGGAAUAAACGGAUGAAAUCACAACCAGUGAAGCAGAAUUUGACCACGAGUGUCUCAUGAGAGAGAGAGAGAGAGAGAGAGAGAGAGAGAGAGAGAGAGAGAGAGAGAGAGAGAGAGAGAGAGAGAGAGAGAGAACAAGUCACACAACAGCUAUUUGACAGAGAUCAGAUGAAGAGCCGUGGCCAUGACAAAUUCACCUCUGCAGAAACCUGUGCCUUCACUUGAACCACGUCAAUCAUUUUCAACACGUCUGGGACCAAAUUGUGAGAUUCUGAAAGCCUCCUUUACAGAUUAAACGGACAACUUUUAAAGCCAUGGAGUCUAGAAGAUAAAUGAAUGGAUUGAGAGUUUGAUUCCUGUAAGAAUUAUUCCCAUUCUGUGCAAUAUUUGUGAAGUUUGUGUAGAUUUUGAAGAAUUUAAGUUGGCUUAUUUUUGUAAAGUUUUCCCUGAUGUCUAUUUUUCUAAAUUAAGAGUUCACUUAUGAGAUAAAAUAGUGUUAGGUAAAGAAAUGCAUCUUUUUUUUAAACAGAUGAUAAAGCCAAAUACCUCGCACCUACUGUACAGUAUAACAAUGAUGUUUGCUGAAAUAGUUUGUCAUGAAUUGUGUCAUUGUGUGAUCUAUGAUUAUAUUUUUGCUCUGUAUUUAAAUCAUUCUAGAUUUUUCAGUACAUUUGAUGUCUGCACUGUAAAACAAUUUGCUGUAGUUAUGCAGCUGUUUGCCAGUAACUUACUGUAGAUUUAAAUUGAUGUUAUUUACUGUCAACAUUUUAAAAAAGUUAAAUGAGCAUUAAACAUUAACAAGUCUUUGUCUCUACAGAUUAAAACUAUAAAAUUGCAGCCUCAUGCAAAGCAUUCUGGGAACCAAAAUCCUCAUAAACCUUUUUCUGUUUUUUCUUCAGAUUUUGUUUCCCAGAAUGCUUUGCAUGAGGCUGUUAUUUUUUUUAUUCUGUAAAGAUAAAGACUUGAUAAUGUUUAAUGUUCAUUUAACUUAAUUAGUAAAUAACAUCAAUUUAAAAUCUACAGUAAAUUACUGGCAAGCAGCUGACGGUAAUACUGUAAUUUAUACAGACAUUUUUUAACAGUUUACUGAUAUUUAUACAGAUAUAUUCUUUAAUUUUUGACAUAAAAAGCUUUUGUCACAUAAACACUUUCUGGACAUUGUCAGUAUAAAAUCAAUCGAUAUCUCCAUUAUUCCAGUAAACAAUAAAAUCAUCAAAAGUUA